GUGCGAGGCGGCGCGUCUCCCCGCCGCAGCUCCUCGGGCUCUCGCAGGCGGGCGCGGGCUGAGGCGGCCCGCGGAGCAGCAUCUGUUUCAAUGGUGCGACUUUCUUCAUCUCCUUUUGGUUACCAGUCAGCCUCAGGCGCUUCAGAGGAGGGAAGUGCGGGGGACAUGAAGUCAGCCAAGCCCCCGGGGAAUCACAGUGAGGAGAACCGACCCCUCAGCCCCCUGCCAUCCUCCGCCUCUCCUGCCCAAGCAUAUGAGACAUACAUUGAUAAUGGACUCAUAUGCCUUAAGCACAAAAUUAGAAACAUCGAGAAAAAAAAGCUCAAACUGGAAGAUUAUAAGGAUCGCCUGAAAAAUGGAGAGCAACUUAAUCCAGACCAGUUGGAAGCAGUAGAGAAAUAUGAAGAAGUGCUUCAUAACUUGGAAUUUGCCAAGGAGCUUCAGAAAACCUUUUCUGGACUGAGCCAAGAUCUACUUAAAGCGCAGAAGAAGGCCCAGAGAAGGGAGCACAUACUGAAGCUUGAGGCCGAGAAGAAAAACCUCCGCACAAUACUGCAAGUUCAGUAUGUGUUACAGAACCUGGCACGCGAACAUGUACAGAGAGACUUCCAAGGGGGCUUGAAUGGUGCCAUGUACCUGCCUUUAAGAGAACUUGACUACCUCAUUCAGUUUUCAAAACUGACCUGCCCUGAGAGAAAUGAAAAUUUGAGUGUUGAAGACCAGAUGGAACAGUCAUCCCUUUACUUUUGGGACCUUUUGGAAGGUAGUGAGAAAGCAGUGGUAGGAACAACAUACAAACACAUGAAAGAUCUGCUGUCUAAAUUGCUGAACUCAGGCUAUUUUGAAAGCAUUCCAGUUCCAAAAUAUGGUAAGGAAAAAGAAAUACCAUUGGAGGAAGAAAUGCUAAUAAAAUCAGACAAGAAAAACCAAUUAUUGAAGACUGAGUCUGUGACGGAUUCAGGUUGCACGUGCAUGGCAGUUUUCACUUGCUGCAAGCUGAGACCAGAAUCUCUUAUGGAACAUGCACAGCCAGAGAUACAAUCACAAGAGUUUCUUAACAGACGCUACAUGACAGAAGUAGAUUAUUCAGGCAAACAAGAUGAGCAAUCCUGGGAUGCAGAUUAUGUUAGAAAACCAAACCUCCCCAAAUGCUGGGAUGUGCUGACCCAACCAGAUUGUCCCGAGAAGAAACAGGAAUCCUUCCAGUCAUGGGAAUCUUCCCCUGAGCCCCAGGAGAUACUGAAGCCUGCAGUUGCCUUAAAACAGAGGAAACAAGAGAUUCCAAAACUCUCGUCCACUCUGCAGGAACUGGAGAAAACUGAGGAUGUCUCCAAACCCACAUCUGGCCAGUGGGAGCCAGGGACCCCAGGACCUGAGGAACAGGUUCAGGAGGAGCAGAAGCAGGAGCCAGGGAAGAGUUGGCCGGUGCAGCUGCAGAAAGAACUGGACCCACAGAAGCAAACCACAAAGCUUUGGACCCCUGUGCGGGGUGAGCAGGAAGCGGCCACAUCCUGGACCCCACCCCUGUGUGAACAUCGGGAUUCCAGAAAGCCAGAGAGCCUGGCACCCUGGGAAAGCAGGGUGGAGAGUCAGCAAUACGCUUUAACACCGUCGCGGAUUUCGCCAAAGUCCUGGGGGGUGGCUUCCGCAAGCCUCCUCCCCUGUGACCAGCUCCUGCCCAGGAAAUUGAAUGCAGAUCCCAAAGAUGUGCCUAUGCCCAUGCCUCAGCCUGUAGGUUCUUCUGCCCUUGCAAAGGAUCCAGUAUCCAGAAAAGAAAAAUUGCAGGAUCUGAUGACCCAGAUUCAAGGGACUUGUAACUUUAUGCAAGAAUCUGUCCUGGAUUUUGAGAAACCUUCAAGUGCAAUUCCAUUGUCACAGCAGCCUUCAGCUACUCCGGGGAGCCAAGUAGCAUCUACAGAACAAAAUCUAUCCAGUCAAAGUGAUUUUCUUCAAGAGCCAUUACAGGCUACUGCUCCUCCAGUUACUGGUAACUCACAUGCUUUCUUGGUCACCACCCAUCAGGCUUCUUCAGGAUCUGAAACAGUGUUUCCGACCACAGAUGCUCCUGAGGAUUUGAAAAGGACUGGGUUCUCCAAAAUUCAGCCCCUCAUCUGCUGGCCCUGGCCUGAUGAUGCAGCAGUCCCCUCCAGCACUCAGCCGUCUCCACUGGCUUCCCUAAACCCUCCUGUGACAGAGGGCUGUGAACGGGACUUCCGGUCACCUGCAGCAAGUGGUAGUUCAGUGGCCACUGACACAGUGCCCUUCCAAGCCAUGCAGACAGUAUUUAAUGUUAAUGCACCUCUGCCGCCUUUACGAAAAGAACAGGAGAUGAAAGCAUCCCCAUAUCCUGCGGACUGCAGUCAGAGUUAUACCACAGCGAGUACACAGACGCUACCCCAGGGCCAGCUGCCGGCCAUGCACCUGGAGCCGCCUGCCCUUCCUCAGGAGCCAGCAGGUUACCCUGAAGGAGCUGUUCAAGUAAGUGGUGGCCUCGCCUUCUACCCCACACAGCAGACUGUGUUUCCCAGGCCCUCGCAGCCAUUUGUCAGCAGCCGGGGGUCUGCUAGAGGUUGUCCUCGAGGAGGCCGGCUGCUGUUAACCAACUCCUACCGGUCCCCUGGUGGUUAUAAAGGUUUCGAUACUUACCGAGGACCUCCUUCAGUUUCCAAUGGAAAUUACAGCCAGCUACAGUCCCAAGCUAGAGAGUACCCUGGAACUCCUUACUCCCAAAGGGAUCAUUUCCAGCAGUGCUACAAGCGAGGAGGAACAUCUGGUGGUCCUCGGGCGAAUUCAAGAGCAGGGUGGAGUGACUCUUCCCAGAUGAGCAGCCCUGAACGAGACACCGAAACCUUUAACAGUGGUGACUCUGGACACGGAGACUCCCGCAGCAUGACUCCCGUGGAUGUGCCGACAACAGGCCCUGCAGCAGUCCUGCCCGUGCAUGUGUACCCCCUGCCACAGCAGAUGCGUGUGGCCUUCUCUGCAGCCAGGACCUCUAACCUGGCCCCGGGAACACUGGACCAGCCCAUCGUGUUUGACCUGCUCCUGAACAACUUGGGAGAGACCUUUGACCUGCAGCUUGGCAGGUUUCAUUGCCCAGUGAACGGCACAUAUGUUUUCAUUUUUCACAUGCUGAAGCUGGCCGUGAACGUGCCACUGUACGUCAACCUCAUGAAGAACGAAGAGGUCCUGGUGUCUGCCUAUGCCAAUGACGGUGCCCCGGACCACGAGACAGCCAGCAACCACGCAGUCCUUCAGCUCUUCCAGGGAGACCAGAUUUGGCUGCGCCUACACAGGGGGGCAAUCUAUGGAAGUAGCUGGAAGUAUUCCACCUUUUCAGGCUACCUCCUUUAUCAAGAUUGAGAGCCAGAACAGUGUCGACAGUAAAGGGGCGGUGUUCUCGUUAGUGGGAUUAAAGGAAAUGUAGGCUUUACCCUAGGCUGGUCGGUUGAAGAAAAUGUUUUCAUUUGUAGAGGAAUGAGGAGGUCCUUUUUUUUUUUUUUUUUUUUUUGUUGCCUCUCCAAGGUGAAAAAUUGCAGGUUGAAUGAAAAUGAGCACUAAUCUGGCACUUUAUUAAUUGUGACGUAGCCUCGCUAGUCAAGUUGUGAAUGUACCUUGUUUGCACUUAGCCCUUAACUGUAUCAGCUUACUAAACUGACUGCCUCAAGUUCAGGCGAGUUACCACGCCUUGUUGUGCCUCAAUAAAAAGUUUCGUGCAACUCCAGUGUUCUUACUGAUUAACCACUUAGUU